AUGGCGAGCGAGAAUGACGACGACGACGACGCGCGCGACGCGCGCGUCGCGGCCGUCGCCACGACGUGCGCGCCGUGCGAGCUGCGCCCGCGCGCCUUCUUCGUCGCGUGGAGCGGCGUCCUCGCGCUCGCGUUCGAGGGGUUCCCUCCCGCCAUCGCGUCCGCGAAGCGCGCGCUCGACGCGACGCUCGGCGCGUCGCUCCCGGCGGAGAACCCCGGGUCGAGGUGGGCGAAGUGCACGCUCGGGUGCCUGCGCGACGGCGUGACGCUGACGCGCGAGCAGCUCGCGGCGCUGACGCGCGCUUGCGCGCGAUUCGAGGACGCGCUUCGAUCGCCGACGAGGAGGCGUAUAAGUAGGAGCGACGACGAAGACGACGACGAAGACGCGACGACCGCGAACGGCGGCCGCGUCGCGGUGGACCGCCUCUCGAUCGUGCGAUACGCGUGCCGCUCUCUCGAGCGCGUCGCGAGCGAGCGCGUCGUGGCGUGCGAAGGAUGGGCGAGGGCGAGGGCGAGGGCGGGAGAGGGAGAGGGAGAGGACGGGAAAGAGGAGGAGGAGGAGGAGGAGGAGGAGGCGCGUUCUAUACACUGGUCCCCAUACGACCCCGUUCGCGUGGUGGACGCCGAUCCUUAA